AUGCCCUCAAACCAAGCCGUCCCACCCCGCCCCGCCUAUCUCCCCACCUCGGCCACUUCUCCCCUGCACCCCCCCUCCACCCUCUACGCCCGCAUCGCCAGCCUCCCCCCUUCCGCCCUCCGCCUCCUUUCUACCACCCUCAUCCCCCCGCGCAGCGGCUCCGCCUUCACCGUCCCCGCCGCCUGCAUAUUCCGCCUCUCGACCCCCGAGGGCCCGCAGGUCGGCGACCUCAAUGUAUGGAACCUGCACGAUCCGCGGGAGAGGUUCUGGGCGGCGCGCACGCGGCAGUUGCAGGGGAGCCAUGUGCGCGAGGGGGAUCGGCUGUGGAGUAACCUCCCGUUUAUGCGGCCGCUGUGUGGGAUGGUUAGGGAUGGGUGUGGGCUUGGUAGUCGGGAGGUCACGGGGGAGGAGGGAGGGGAGCUGGAGAGGGGUGGGCGGACGAAGUGGGGAGGGCGGUGUCAUGAUCUGCUGGGGACGCGGUGUGAUCCUUAUGUAAACCAGAUGCUCACCUCUACCUCCUACGACUACCACUGCCACUCCAACCUCGUCCGCGCUGUGCUACCCCACGGCCUCACCGAGUUCGAUGUCCACGAUGUCCUCAACGUCUUUCAAGUCACCGGUCUCGAUGCUAACGGCCGCUACUUCAUGGAGGCGUCACCCGCGACGCCGGAUUCCUUUAUCGAUUUCUUCGCAGAGCAGGACUUGCUGUGUGCGUUGAGCACAUGCCCAGGGGGUGAUCUUUCUGCGUGGGGGUGGAGUAUGGCGGAUGAAGGCAAGGGCGAGAUGGUGGAGAAAGAGAUGGAGGGUGGAAUGAAAGAGACGUGCCGGCCGAUCAAAGUUGAGGUUUGGGAGAUCGACGAGAGUGUGAGAGCUGAGGUGUUAGCGGCAUGGACUCCGCCACAGCGUCCAGCUUAUAAAGGCAUACAUGGUAUGAGUGUGCCCUUGGGAGAAGCGUAAGAUUUAGAUCACGUGGUAUACAACACGCAGAAGCGAAAGAUUGAUUGAUUGAAUGGUUCAGUACCCAAACCAAUGCGAUGCGAUUUUGGUGC